GCUGAGUCAUCACUAGAGAGUGGGAAGGGCAGCGGCGGAGAAUCCAAGCCCCAAAGCUGAUAACAAAAAGUUCCAUUUCUCCAAGUUGGGGGCUCAGAGGGGAGCCAUCAUGAGCGAUGUUACCAUUGUGAAAGAAGGUUGGGUUCAGAAGCGGGGAGAAUAUAUAAAAAACUGGAGGCCAAGAUAUUUCCUUUUGAAGACAGAUGGCUCAUUCAUAGGAUAUAAAGAAAAACCUCAAGAUGUGGAUUUACCUUAUCCCCUCAACAAUUUUUCAGUGGCAAAAUGCCAGUUAAUGAAGACAGAACGACCAAAGCCAAACACAUUUAUUAUCAGAUGUCUUCAGUGGACCACUGUUAUAGAGAGAACAUUUCAUGUAGAUACUCCAGAGGAAAGGGAAGAAUGGACGGAAGCCAUCCAGGCUGUAGCAGACAGACUUCAGAGGCAAGAGGAGGAGAGGAUGAACUGCAGUCCAACUUCACAGAUUGAUAAUAUAGGGGAGGAAGAGAUGGAUGCUUCCACAACUCAUCAUAAAAGAAAGACAAUGAAUGAUUUUGACUAUUUGAAACUACUAGGUAAAGGCACUUUUGGAAAAGUUAUUUUGGUUCGAGAAAAAGCAAGUGGGAAAUACUAUGCUAUGAAGAUUCUGAAGAAAGAAGUAAUUAUUGCAAAGGAUGAAGUGGCACACACUCUCACUGAAAGCAGGGUAUUAAAGAACACUAGACAUCCCUUUUUAACAUCCUUGAAAUAUUCCUUCCAGACAAAAGACCGUUUGUGUUUUGUGAUGGAAUAUGUUAAUGGGGGUGAGCUGUUUUUCCAUUUGUCGAGAGAGCGGGUGUUCUCUGAGGACCGCACACGUUUCUAUGGUGCAGAAAUUGUGUCUGCUUUGGACUACCUACAUUCUGGAAAGAUUGUGUACCGUGAUCUCAAGCUGGAGAAUCUGAUGCUGGAUAAAGAUGGCCACAUCAAAAUCACAGACUUUGGACUCUGCAAGGAAGGGAUCACAGACACAGCCACCAUGAAGACGUUCUGCGGCACGCCCGAGUACCUGGCCCCUGAGGUGUUAGAAGAUAACGACUACGGCCGAGCCGUGGACUGGUGGGGCCUGGGGGUGGUCAUGUACGAGAUGAUGUGCGGGAGGUUGCCUUUCUACAAUCAAGAUCAUGAGAAGCUUUUCGAGCUUAUACUAAUGGAAGACAUUAAAUUCCCUCGGACACUCUCUUCAGAUGCAAAAUCAUUGCUUUCAGGGCUCUUGAUAAAAGAUCCAAAUAAACGCCUCGGUGGAGGACCAGAUGAUGCAAAAGAAAUUAUGAGACACAGUUUCUUUUCUGGAGUAAACUGGCAAGAUGUGUAUGAUAAAAAGCUUAUACCUCCUUUUAAGCCUCAAGUAACAUCUGAAACAGAUACUAGAUAUUUUGAUGAAGAAUUUACAGCUCAAACUAUUACAAUAACACCACCUGAAAAAUAUGACGAGGACGGCAUGGACUCCGUGGACAACGAGAGGCGGCCGCACUUCCCGCAGUUCUCCUACUCGGCCAGCGGACGAGAAUAAGUCUCUUAGGUUUGCGGCUGCAGGAGCCUGGACACCUCCGCAGCCCGGCCGUCACCGUAGCAGGAGCGCCCGACGGGCCGGCCCGGCCCGC